AUGAUAGGACUCAAGCGUAAAUCUUCAGAUUUGGAAAAUUAUAAUCCGGGCGCCCCCUUUGGCUCAUCAACUACAAAGCUCGCGAUCAAUAGCGAGUUCUCUACAAGCUACCUCGCUGCGCGUCCAUUACUCCCAUCUAGGACACGAAAGCGAUUGCGUUACGAUCGACCUUCAGAGCCAGAAAUCCAUAAACAUACUCUAUUUCUUCUUUUUUCCGCCCAAAAUUGUCCUAAAGCUCAAUCUACACAACCCAACGGUGAGCUGGACGAAAAGUCUACCACGCCGCUUCUUUCAGAAUGCCCAUCAAAACAGUCAAAUCUCCAUGCAUUUUUGCGGAUCCCCCUGACGAGCGGGAAUUCUCUAACUCCAAAGAUGUCUCUCCCACCUAGAUCUUCAAUAGAUACUUACUCCGAGAAGAUGAUUUGUCAUGACUGUGAUAUACCACUGGAGAACGAUCAAGAACUAAGUAGUCUACACAUUUACGAGAACGAUCACACCUGCACAUCUUGUGGAAAAUAUGUUUGCCACAGUUGCUCAAUCAGUAACUUAGGUUUGGACAGGAAAUGUCUAAAUUGUAUCGAUAAAAUUAAAAACAAGAAAGAUACGAACACGUAA